CUAUAUUUCCUGUCUUGCAUUGACGUCGGGAGACCUGCACAUUACCAUCCACGUGCAUCCAAAUGUUGUUUUUCUUGUAGCUCUCUAAAGAGCUACCCCCACCCCUCUCAGAUUUGAGUCAAUGUGACUCUUCUUUCCCUCCCACAAUUUUGUUCAAAAUAGCCAGGGACCAGUUUGCCAACGCCGCAACAUCCUCUUACUUGCAGUCGCUAGGUUUCUCGAGCACUGUCCAAGCUGGUGAGACAGGGUAAGUGGUGAAGGAUGAAUGGCCUCGGCGUCCGGAGACUGGAACAAUGUCAGGAAGCUGGAAACUGCACCAGGACUGUCUCGAAUGAAUCUGCAGGAGCCCUGGAAAUGGUCGACCUGCCCCAAGCCAGAGUGACGGAGGAGUCGGUGACUGAUGCCAAUUACCAUCGCACCUUUCCUACAGUGAAUGUACCAGAUCAUGCCCACUACACAAUCGGGGCAGUAAUUCUAGCAGUGGGCGUCACUGGCAUGGUGGGCAAUUUCCUGGUCAUCUAUGCAUUUUGCAGAAGCAAGAGUCUGCGGAGUCCAUCUAAUACUUUCAUUAUCAAUCUGGCCAUCAGCGAUUUCCUAAUGUCAAUCACACAGGCUCCAAUUUUCUUCACUACAAGUCUGCACAAACGCUGGAUUUUUGGCGAGAAAGGCUGUGAGCUAUAUGCUUUCUGUGGGGCUCUAUUUGGAAUCACCUCGAUGAUCACACUGGUUGUAAUUGCAGCUGACAGAUAUUUAGUGAUCACCCGGCCCCUGGCCUCCAUUGGAAUGUUGUCGAAGAAGAGAGCUAUCUACAUCCUGCUGGGUGUCUGGCUGUAUUCACUGGCCUGGAGCCUCCCCCCUUUCUUUGGAUGGAGUGCCUAUGUGCCUGAAGGAUUGAUGACCUCCUGUACCUGGGACUACACAACAUUCACCCCAUCUGUCCGGGCUUAUACCAUGCUUCUCUUCUGCUUUGUCUUCUUCAUUCCUUUGGGCAUCAUCAUCUACUGCUACGUCUUCAUUUUCCGGGCUAUUCUGGCUACUAACAGGGAUGUUGAAAAAAUUGGAGGAAACACCAACAAGGAAUCCCGGAGACGAUUUCAGAGGAUAAAGAAUGAAUGGAAAAUGGCCAAAAUUGCUUUAAUAGUCAUCCUCCUUUACGUCAUCUCCUGGUCCCCAUAUUCCACGGUAGCCCUCACUGCUUUUGCUGGGUAUGCCGAUGUCCUUACACCCUACAUGAACUCUGUUCCAGCUGUAAUUGCUAAAGCCUCAGCCAUUCACAAUCCAAUCAUUUAUGCUAUCACUCAUCCCAAGUACAGAGCUGCCAUCGUGAAAUACAUUCCUUUCCUUGGAUGUUUAUUGCGAUUGUCUCGUAAGGAUUACAGGUUAGCGAGCAGCUACUUUUCCACCAGGCAAUCCACCAUGACCAGCCAAACCUCUAACUCAAGUGGAAAUCUUCGGCCCAAGAGUCGCAUGUCUGCUUCUGAUAGUGAGUCGGGCUGGACUGACAAUGAGGUUGACAUUUCCAUUGUAAAUUCGAGACCUGUCAGCAGAACCGUUUCCUGUGAAUUCAGCAAAGAUACAACUGAGCAAAGUGACACCAAGGAGAAAUCGAAAUUGAAAAACAAUGACUCGGGUAUCUUUGAGAAGACAUCGUUUAACAUGACAAACAUCUCGAUGAUUGAAGGGAGUCCUAGGAGUGAUGGGGGACUCACUGCCAAGGUGGUCGGAAAUCUGGAUGGUGUUGGACUGAAGAAGGUGGAUGUUGCAUUGGUGCAGGCUGCCCAGAUCCCCAGCAUCGUCAUCACUCACACCAGCAGCCCUGGCAGCAGCCAAUCUUCAGUAGCCAGCUUCAAUCCCAUGUAUGAAAUGGGUAUUCAUGGGAACCAGCAAUCCGUGCUUCCAAGCCAGUGACAGCCAAGUUAGAGUCACAAAGCCCAACAGCGCGGAAACAGUUCGGUCCAACCAGUCCAUGCCAAACAUAAUCCCAAACUAAACUAGUUUUACCUGCCUGCACCUGGUCCAUAUCCCUCCAAACCUAUCCUAUUCAUGUAUCUAUCCAAAUGUCUUUUUGCUGCAGUUGCCAAUGGAACUGUUAACCCAUUCAAGUUACCAGUACAAAAAGCCACCAGAGUCUUUACAAAAGACAUAAAAUCAGGACAGUUUCUGUAGGGCAGUGUACUCGAUGUUCAGUGUAUAGCUUUGAGCCUAUUAGUUACAUAACCCAAAGCUAAACAGUUCAUCUCCUAAAAUAUGAACAAAAAGUGAGGUACCUACAUAGGUUACACUGUCCUGAACCAAUAAGUUUAUGAUUUACUUGAGAACCCAAGUGAAGUGGUAGGUGAAGGGCAGGACAAAGGUCAGGGAGAAGAAUUGGAUAAAUCAAAAGGUUAUACCAUAAGUCAAGGCCAAGUUUGGGUUUCAUAGAUUGUAGGAGGAAGGUCAAAUUUCAGGAGCUGUGAACUUCCAGUUUCUUUGGAGAGGAGUAAAAUAGGAGAUGGUGUGGCUAGUGUUGAUUUGAAUAUAUUGAGAUUGCAGGAUGGAGAAAAAGCACAUAAAAUGGUGCAUUCAGAAAGUCAGGCAAUGCUGGCAGCACCCUGCUCCCAAUCCACUCAAGCCUAAUGAUGAAUCCUUAGAUCUCCUGAGCCAAUUAUAAAUGGAUCAUGUGGAAUCAUUCAUCCAGCAAGUAAACAAUAAAUUACUGUACUAAUGCAAUAACAGUGAGGACCCUAAUCUCUGAAUGUUUGGCAACGCAUUUGAACAAGCAAUUCAUCAGUUCGCAGAUAUUUUAAAAUAUUGUGGAAAAAUAAGAUUGGUCCAUUUAGAAAAUAAAAACAUCCAUAACCUGUUCUGCAUAUUUUAAAAUCAUAAAUAACUCAAUUUAAACAGCAGCAUUUUUCUCAUUAUUCCAAUGUUUAAUUUAUUGGGUCCUGUGUCAGUUGAAAUGCUCAUUAGGAUGACUGUAAUAAGAUGCUACAAUACAUUAAAGUGGUAUUCGUGGAACAUUUCCCUUGCUCUGUG